CCCUCUCGGUCUUUGCAGCUCCGUCUUGUUUGACUCAACUGGCAGCUCACCGCGACUCGCGGCUGCGGGAGUUGGUUCACCGGGAGUUAAUCGAGAGUUAGUCCACCGUCUCAAUGGGUGAUUGCCGUGUGCGUAACAUUUACCUUCUAGGUGUGGGUUUCAUGCUCAUCUUCACCGCUUUCACCACUUGCGGCAACAUAGAGCAAACUGUAAUACGGAGUUUGACCAACACCAGUUUCUCUGGCAGCGGCUAUGACAGCCUUGCCAUUAUCUAUGGAGUGUUCUCAGCAUCUAACCUUGUUGCACCAUCUGUGGUGACAGUUGUGGGACCAAAGAUGUCCAUGAUAUUAAGCGGAGUUGUUUACAGUGGUUACGUGAUUUCCUUCAGCAAGCCGAUGACUUGGUCACUGUACAUUGCCUCAACACUCAUUGGGUUUGCAGCCGCUGUACUGUGGACAGCCCAGGGGACUUUCCUCAUCAUGAACUCUGACUCUGCCACUAUCAACAGGAACACUGGGACUUUCUGGGCUCUCUUGCAGUGCAGCAUGUUGUUUGGGAAUCUCUACGUUUAUCUGCAAUGGAGAGAAGUGAUGACAAUCUCAGAUAAUGACAGGUGGACCCUGUUCAUCGUGCUCUCUGUGAUCUCCCUUGCUGGCACGGCCGUUUUAGUCACGCUGAAGGACACCAAACACGCAGACAACAGCCGCCAGAUAUUCGACACUCUGCUUCCUUCUCAGACGUUGUUUAAAGAAAAAGUGGCCUCAACACUGGAUCAGAUUAUUACAGAGUUCAGAUCGAUGUUGAGGCUAAUUCGCACAAAGAACAUGAUGCUGCUGAGUGUGACAAUAGUGUACAGCGGGCUGAUGCUGACCUUCUACAGCGGGGUGUAUGGGACGUGUAUUGGAGCCACCAGAGAGUUCAAGAUGGUGGCCAAGGGCCUCAUUGGACUUUCAGGGGUAUUUAUUGGCAUUGGAGAGAUUCUUGGGGGUGGGAUGUUCGGGUUGCUGUUUUUCAAUAACCAGUUCCGACGCACCUCUGCCAUCUUACUGGGAGUCAUCGCUCACCUCCUGGGAUUCUACCUGAUCUUCCUCAUGAUCCCAGGCGAUGCUCCCAUUGCAAGUGCCGACAGCAGUCACUACAAGCCGUACCUGUCUCCCAGCCCUGUGGUAGCGUUAGUGUGCAGCUUCCUGCUAGGCCUGGGUGACAGUUGCUUCAAUACUCAGCUGUACAGCAUCAUCGGCAUCUUGUACCCCGAGGAGAGCGGUCCAGCCUUCGGCAGCUUCAAGUUCAUACAGUCCGUUUCUGCUGCAGUGGCGUUUGGAUACAGCAACUACCUGGUGCUGUCGCUACAACUCCUCAUCCUCACCAUCUUCUGCUUCUUUGGCACAAUCUCCUUUUUUAUUGUGGAGAAAAUUGAAGCCAACGCCUCAGACUUGCAAGAUUUCUGACCUUUGUGGAACCAUUAAUUGCAAGUGAAAGCCACAGGGGGAAAACAGGAAUGUCCAGGGAAUUAAAUUAGGACCAUUCUCUGGAGCAGAUCGUCAGGCUAUGAUAGCAUUUUGGCUGCAGGGAAAUCAGUGCCGACAGACACAGCAUUUCCAACCAAUGUUUUGCAAAUCCUGAAUUGAUUGAGAGGUCAAACUUUUCUGUUUAUAAAUACAGAUAGUUCUGCUAUAAUAUGUAGGAAGGAACUGCAGAUGCAGGUUUAAUGCUGGAGACACAAAAUGCUGGAGCAACUCAGCGGGACAGGCAGCAUUUGUGGAGAGAAGGAAUGGGUGACGUUUUGGGUUGAGACCCCUCUUCAGCCUGGGGGAAGAGUGAGUCAUAGAGAUAUGAAAGGAUAAGGUGUGAAAAGGAGAGAUAAAAAGGAACAAAGUUCAAGGAAAAUUCAGUCCCGUGAAGAAGAGUUUCGACACCCGCCUAGAUCUUAGGGUCAAGUUCCAGUGGCAAAAUGACCGGUCAACCCGCACAUCUUUGGGAUGUGGGAGGAAGCUUAAAUGGUCACAGGGAGAAUGUUCAACUGUGUGUAGGAAGGAACUGCAGAUGCUGGUUUGAACCGAAGAUGGACACAGGGUGUUGGAGUGGCUCAGCGGGACAGGUGGCAUCUCUUGACAGAGGGAAUAGAUGAUGUUUCAGGUCGAUACCCUUCUUCAGACAGGGACCAAAUUUUUCUUGAACUUCGUCCCCUUUGAACUCCCGUUUUCACACCUUACCCUUCCAUAUCUCUAUGUCUCACUCGCCCCCGACUCUCAGUCUGAGAAGGGUGUCGACCCGAAACGUCACCCAUUUCUUCUCUCCAGAGAUACUGCCCAUCCCGCUGAGUUUCUCCAGCAUUUUGUGUCUAUCUAGUUCUGCUAUAACAUGUGCUUCCAUAACAUGAAUUGGAUAUAACACAACCGAUGAAUUAGGGAACACAAUUUGCAUUACACGAGCUGAAUUGGUUAUAACGCAAUUUUCAUCAAGCAAACCAGUUAAAAGUUACUUUGGAAAUUGACAAAUGGAAAAAAAGCUGUCUGAGAUUUAAAUAGUUUAGGAGAUGAAAAAAACUGUUUCUAUGUAUCCCCCUCAUAGUAAUCAACACCAUUGCAUCUGAAGAACACAGCUGCCACUUUAACUGCGUAGGGCCAUUGACUUUGACAAACAAUCGCAUCCAUUGACAAUUACGCAAAUAUAUCCUAUUAAAUAAUUCAACGAACAGCCUUUAGUGUUUUUUACCUUUCAGUUAUGAAAACAAACAUUGCUAUUGAAAAGAA